AUGGCGCUCUCCGUCCUCACAUCUGGCUCUUCCCGACAGCUGUCUUCAUACAGCAUUGGAGGUGGUGGUGGAGGGUCCGUCAGGUUAUCUACUAGUGGAGGAUACAGUGGCGGCUCCAAAUUUGCUGGAGGUUAUGGCGGAGGUGGUUACAGUGGAGGAAGCCUUGCUGGGGGAUAUGGAACAGCCCUGAGCACAGGCCUGAGUGGUGGCUAUACCAGCACCAGCUUUGGAGGUGGCUAUGGCGGUGGCUACGGCGGUGGCUACGGCGGUGGCUCUGGCGGUGGCUUUGGUGGUGGCCUUGGCGGUGGCCUUGGUGGUGGCGGUGGCUUUGGCGUUGGUCUCGGUGGUGGCGGUGGCUUUGGCGGUGGCUUUGGGGAGGGAGAGGGCAUCCUCAAUACCAAUGAGAAGCAAACCAUGCAAAGUCUGAACAACCGCCUUGCGAACUACUUGGAUAAAGUGCAUGCCCUCGAGGAGGCAAAUGCAGUGCUGGAACUCAGAAUCAAGGAAUGGUAUGCAAAGUUCAGCACUCCUCGAGCUGACCCUGACUACAGCAAAUAUUUUAACAUCAUUGAGGAUCUUCAGAACAAAAUCCAGAAACAAACUAUUGAAAAUGCUGGGAUCGUUUUGCAAAUUGACAAUGCUCGACUAGCUGCCGAUGAUUUUAAACUUAAGUAUGAAAAUGAGCUGUUCCUACACCAGAGUGUGAUGAGUGAUAUCAAUGGCCUGCGGAAAGUCUUGGAUGACUUAACCAUGAAUAGGUCUGACUUAGAGCUGCAGAUCGAAAGCCUGAAAGAGGAGCUGACUUACCUCAAGAAGAACCACGAAGAGGACCUGAAGAGUUUCCGAGGCUUAUCGAGUGGAGAUGUCAGCGUUGAAAUGGAUGCUGCUCCAGGACUUGACCUGACCAAACUCCUGAAUGAGAUGAGAGCACAGUAUGAAGAACUUGCUGAAAAGAAUCGGAGAGAGGCAGAAGAACAGUUCAACAGACAGGUUGGAACUCUGAGACAACAGAUUUCGGUCAACAUGGAUCAACUGAACACAAGCAAGAGUGAAAUUUCAGAUCUGAGGCGUACUAUCCAGGGUCUGGAACUGGAGCUGCAGGCCCAGCUUGCCAUGAAACAAUCUCUUGAAGGUAGUUUGGCAGAAACAGAGCGAAAUUACUGUGAUCAGCUCGCCCAAAUGCAGGGGCAGAUCAGUAGUUUAGAGGAACAGCUCAUGCAGCUCCGCUCUGAAAUGGAAACCCAGAAUGUGGAGUACCAGCAGCUUAUGGGCAUCAAGACCCGUCUGGAGAAGGAGAUAGAGACCUACCGCCGCCUGCUGGAUGGAGAAGAUAUUCCCCUUUUGCAUUUUUAAUUUUCAGAAUCACUGAAAACCAGAACAGUUAAGACAAUUGUGGAAGAAAUGGUUGAUGGCAGAGUUGUUUCAUCCCAGAUCAAAUCAGUUGAAGAGAAGCCAACUAAAUAA